CAACAAAUGUGCCUUAGAAAAAUUACAGACGUCGAGGAGGAAAAACUAAAAGGAUAUUUUGGUUUGACAUUAUGAGAAUAGUUUGCUCUCCAUAAAUUAGAUAUCAGCUGCAAAUCUUUUAAAGGGCAAGAAUGUGGAGAUAAGAUUUGACAUAUCGGAGGAGGAAAAAGAGCAGGCUAUGUCUAUGGCUUUCACAGCUCGCCUCAACAAUUGCUUCAAUCUCGCUUCGUUCGAUUGCGCUCUCAAAUAUCGAAAGCAAUGCUCUCUAUCAACUUAUUCUGCGCAUAUUUCAUCAACACUCACUUCAAUUCACAGACAUACUUUAAGCAGAAAGCACAGAGUACCCUGGAAUUCCACAAGCCUACAAUGCAAUACUCGCACACCCACUAAAAUACAAUGUACCGCCAGUCAAGACCCGUUGGUUUCUGGAACUGGCUUACAUAAUUACGAGUUUACUGAUGAUGCUGCAGAGGUGGAAUUGCGAAUCCCGUUGCCAGGAGAAACUAAUCUGGCCACUGAAGAUGUGUUUGUGAAUGUUCAAGACACUUCUCUUGUUAUUACAGUUCAGGUCGUCAAUGAAGUCAAAGUUUUGUUGUCAAUUGACCGUCUAUAUAGCAGGAUAAACCCUCCAGAAACUAUCUGGUAUAUUGAUGAAAAUGAUCUUGUGGUAAGCCUGAAAAAGAGUGAUGUAGAUGUGAAAUGGCCUGAUAUUAUGGAGGCCUGGCAUUCACUUGGUACUGGAGUUUCAGCACUUUUGAAAGGAACAUCAGUGUACCUUGUUGGAGAUUCUUCAGAAAUCAAUUGGGCAGUGGCUAGAGAACUAGCAGUCAGUUUAGAGUAUACUCCACUUCAAACAGGCCUAUUGUUAGAACAAGCGACUGAAAAAUCUAUUGAUAAUUUAUUGAUUGAUGAGGGAGAAGAUUCUGUGGCUGAAGCUGAGGCUGCAAUAUUAGAAAGCAUUAACAUACAUGUACGAUUGGCUGUGGCGACGUUAGGAGGAAUUCAGGGAGCAACCUCAAGACCUGAGAAAUGGAAAAAACUUCAUGCUGGAUUCACGAUUUGGCUAUCUCAAAGUGAAGCUAAAGAUGAAGCUUCAGCUGAGGAGGAAGCUAGGAGGGCAAAAGAGAAUCAAAGUCAAGCUUAUGCAGGGGCAGAUGUUGUGGUUAAGCUUGGUGGGUGGGAUACAGAUGCAGCUAGGCCUGCAGCCGAAGGUUGCUUGAGAGCAUUGAAAUAUCUUAUUGAAUCUGACAAGGAACUCCCAGGAAAGAAGAGUCUUUAUGUUCGAAUGGGAUGCCGUGGUGACUGGCCUAACAUCAUGCCUCCAGGCCAAAAUGUUUUGCAUGAAAAGGAUGUUCAAGCAGCUAUGUCUACAACAUCUUAGUAGUACAAGUGAAGAUGCUUUUAAUAUCUGUAAUCACUUACAUACAAAUUUUUCUUUGCUUUGAUUAUAGAAUGCUUUGGAUACAGAAUUAAAUGUCUUGUACACAACAUUUUUUUCUUAUCUGCUUUUCAUCAACUUAAAAGCUUUUGACACAAUUGUUAAGGUUUAUUAUAGCUCUAUAAAAUUGUAGAAAAUAUAGUUGUCUUUA